GCUGAAGCCAUUCAACAGACUGCAAGUAAUAUUACAACAUUUGAAAAUGUCUAAGCAUACAGAUUUGACAGCUGAAGUGUUGUUGGAAAAGAGAGGAGGUGCAGGAAUAAUAACUCUCAAUAGACCCAAGGCUCUCAAUGCGCUAAAUCUUUCUAUGAUCCAACAAAUUUAUCCACAAAUAAAGACUUGGGAGCAAGAUCCUGAAACUUUUUUAAUAAUCAUAAAGGGAACUGGAGGAAAAGCUUUUUGUGCGGGGGGUGACAUCAGAGCCAUCACAGAUGCAGGAAAAGUUGGAGAUAGACUGGCACAAGAUUUUUUCAGAGAAGAAUAUAUCCUGAACAAUGCCAUUGGUACUUGCAAGAAGCCAUAUGUGGCACUUAUUGAUGGCAUUACAAUGGGAGGGGGAGUUGGUCUCUCAGUCCAUGGACAUUUCCGAGUUGCCACAGAAAAGACACUUUUCGCAAUGCCAGAAACAGCAAUAGGCCUUUUUCCUGAUGUAGGUGGAGGAUACUUCUUGCCAAGACUAUCGGGGAAGAUUGGCUAUUACCUUGCACUAACAGGAUUUAGACUGAAAGGAAGAGAUGUACUAAAAGCUGGCAUUGCUACACAUUUUGUAGAAUCCGAAAAGCUACCUGCCUUAGAGAAAGACCUGAUAGCACUGAAAUCUCCUUCAACAGAAAAUAUUGCAGACUUACUGAACUCUUACCAUGUGAAGAGCAAAGUUGAUGAAGAAAAGAAGUUUGUACUUGAUGAACAUAUGGAGAAGAUUAACAGUCUUUUUUCAGCAAAGAGUAUGGAAGAAAUUGUUAAAAAAUUAAAGCAAGAUGGUUCUCCUUUUGCCAUUAAGCAGCUAGAGACUAUUAAUAAGAUGUCACCUACAUCCUUAAAGAUGACUCUCAGACAGCUCAGAGAAGGAGCUUCCAUGAGCUUACAAGACGUACUCACAAUGGAAUACAGACUGAGCCAAGCGUGCAUGAGAGGCCAUGACUUCUAUGAAGGGGUUCGAGCAGUGCUGAUUGACAAAGACCAAUCCCCCAGAUGGAAGCCAGCUGCUCUAGAAGAAGUCACUGAUGAAUUUGUGGAUGACUGUUUUAAGCCAUUAGGAAACAACGAUCUCAAGUUGUAA